GCCUCGGUUCCCGCGACCCCAACGUCCCAGAGGCGGGGCUGGAGUGGUGGUGAGGCGGUGGCGCUCCCUGGAGCCGGCUCCUGCUUCUACCUUGCAAACAGACCUCAGCUCCGCGGAAGUUGCGGAUACUGAGGAUUUGAAAUUAAAGAAAUCAUUCACCAGACAUCAUGGAGCCUAUAUAUCCUCUUGCACGGCCCCAGAUGAAUACCAGGUUUCCUUCAAGCAGAAUGGUACCUUUCCACUUUCCUCCAUCAAAAUGUGCACUUUGGAACCCAACGCCAACUGGAGAUUUCAUCUACUUACAUCUCAGUUACUACAGAAAUCCAAAGCUUGUAGUGACUAAAAAGACCAUCCGACUUGCUUAUCGUCAUGCUAAGCAGAAUAAAAAAAAUUCAUCAUGCUUUUUACUUGGUUCUCUGACAGUAGACAAAGAUGAAGAAGGUGUGACAUUGACAGUAGAUCGCUUUGAUCCUGGUCGAGAAGUACCUGAAUGUCUAGAAAUAACCCCUACUGCUUCUCUUCCUGGGGACUUUUUGAUUCCAUGCAAAGUUCAUGUUCAAGAACUUUGUUCAAGAGAAAUGAUAGUUCACAGUGUAGAUGACUUCAGUUCAGCUUUAAAGGCUCUACAGUGCCAUAUAUGUAGCAAAGAUUCCUUGGACUGUGCUCUGGCAAGAAACUUGGGCAGUAAUCUGAAUAUUUCUCAAGUUCAAGGGACUUAUAAAUAUGGAUAUCUUACCAUGGAUGAAACACGCAAAUUGUUACUUUUGUUGGAAUCUGAUCCCAAGGUUUAUUCUCUACCAUUAGUGGGAAUUUGGCUGUCUGGAAUUAUACAUCUCUAUAGUCCUCAGGUAUGGGCUUGCUGUUUGCGAUACAUAUUCAAUUCUUCUGUUCGAGAAAGGGUUUUUUCAGAAUCUGGAAAUUUCAUCAUAGUUCUCUAUUCUGUGACACAUAAGGAGCCUGAGUUUUAUGAAUGCUUCCCUUGUGAUGGCAAGAUACCUGACUUUCGGUUUCAGUUGCUAACCAGUAAGGAAACAUUACAUCUUUUCAAAAAUGUUGAACCUCCUGACAAAAAUCCAAUCCGUUGUGAACUGAGUGCUGAAAGCCAAAAUGUAGAAACAGAGUUUUUCAGCAAGGCUUCCAAGAAUUUUUCAAUUAAGAGGUCUUCCCAAAAGUUAUCUCCUGGGAAAAUGCCAAUACAUGAUCACGACUCUGGUGUUGAAGAUGAAGAUUUUUCUCCAAGACCAAUUCCUAGUCCUCAUCCAGUGAGUCAGAAGAUUUCUAAGAUCCAACCAUCAGUUCCUGAACUUUCGCUUGUGUUGGAUGGCAAUUUCGUAGAAUCAAACCCUCUGCCUACUCCAUUGGAAAUGGUGAAUAAUGAAAAUCCUCCUUUGAUUAACCACUCGGAACACUUGAAGCCAUUGCAACCCCAGCUUUAUGAUGAGAAACACAGUCCAGAAGUUGAAGCUGUAGAACCUUCCUUGAGAGGAAUACCAAAUCAGUUAAACCAGGAUAGACCAGCUCUUUUGAGACACUGCAAAGUAAGACAGCCACCUGCCUGUAAGAAAGGGAACCCCCAUAGCAGGAACACUGUUAAACCAUCUUCUCAUAAUGGACCAUCUCCUGAUAUAUUUGAAAAGCUCCAAGCAGUUUCUGCUGGAAAUGUACAAAACGAAGAGUAUCCUAUAAGACCCUCCAAACUUAAUUCUAGGCAGUCUUCUCUUGCCCUGCAGUCUCAACCACCCAAUUUUGUUUUUUCACCCCAUAAUUCAGGAAGACCAAUGGAACUUCAGAUACCUACUCCCCCACCGCCAUCUUACUGUUCCACAAACAUUUGCAGGUGUUGUCAGCAUCAUAGUCGUAUUCAAUAUAGUCCGCUAAAUUCUUGGCAAGGAGCAAACACAGUUGGAUCCAUUCAGGAUGUACAGUCUGGAGCCCUUCAAAAGCAUUCAUUAUUUCACCCAAGUGAAUGUCCAACUCUGAACUGUAAUGCAUUCUGUUCUUCAAGUAGUCCUAUAACCUUGAGACCUCAGGGAGGUAUGGACAGUUGUUCUCCCCACAGCAAUAUAGAACCAUCGCCUGUGGCAAGACUACCUUCACAUAUGGACUCAUGUAACCCACAGCCUUGCACAGUGUGCAUGCACACACCCAAGACUGAAUCAGAUAAUGGAAUGAUGGGACUAUCUCCAGAUGCAUAUCGGUUUCUCACAGAACAAGACAGACAGCUGAGACUACUUCAGGCACAGAUUCAGCGUUUGUUGGAAGCACAGUCUCUGACGCCCUCUUCCCCUAAGACAACCACCGUUGAAGACACAGUGCAAGCUGGAAGACAAAUGGAGUUGGUUUCCAUGGAAGCACAGUCUUCCCCUGGCUUGCACAUGAGAAAAAGUGUAAGCAUUGCUGUGAGCACAGGUGCUAGCUUGUUUUGGAAUGCAGCUGGUGAGGAUCAAGAGCCUGACUCUCAACUGAAGCAAGAUGAUACCAAAAUUUCCAGUGAGGACAUGAAUUUUUCUGUUGAUAUUAAUAAUGAAGUCACAAGUCUUCCAGGUAGUGCAUCUUCAUUAAAAGCAGUUGAUAUUCCCAGUUUUGAAGAGAGCAACAUUGCUGUGGAAGAAGAAUUUAACCAGCCACUUUCUGUGUCCAACAGCUCUUCUCUAGUUGUGAGAAAAGAACCUGAUGUACCUGUGUUUCCAAAUGGCCAGCUGGCAGAAAGUAUAAGCAUGUGUUUACAGACUGGACCAACAGGGGGUGCCAGUAACAAUUCUGAAACAUCAGGGGAACCAAAAAUUGAGCAAGUAAUGCAACCCUUGCCUCAUCAACCAUCAGAUAACCAGAAAAUUUACCAGGAUUUAUUGGGUCAAGUAAACCACCUAUUGAGUAGUUCCUCCAAGGAAACUGAGCAGCCAUCUACCAAAGCGGUAAUUAUCAGUCAUGAAUGCACCAGAACCCAAAAUGUUUACCAUACAAAGAAAAACACACAUUCAAGACUGGUGGACAAAGAUUGUGUUCUUAAUGCAACUCUUAAGCAACUAAGAAGCCUUGGAGUAAAAAUUGAUUCUCCCACUAAAGUGAAGAAAAAUGCACAUAACGUGGAUCACGCCAGUGUGUUGGCAUGUAUCAGCCCAGAAGCAGUGAUCUCUGGAUUAAACUGCAUGUCAUUUGCUAAUGUUGGCAUGAGUGGCGUAAGCCCCAAUGGUGUGGAUUUGAGCAUGGAGGCAAAUGCUAUAGCUCUGAAAUAUUUAAAUGAAAGUCAGCUGUCACAACUGUCUGUCACUCGAUCAAACCAAAAUAAUUGUGACCCAUUCAGCCUUCUCCAUAUUAAUACAGACAGAAGCACAGUAGGGCUUAGUUUAAUUUCACCAAACAACAUGUCAUUUGCAACCAAAAAAUAUAUGAAGAGAUAUGGACUCCUACAAAGCAGUGACAAUAGUGAAGAUGAAGAGGAGCCUCCCGACAAUGCAGAUAGCAAGAGUGAACAUUUAUUGAAUCAGAACCAUACAUCCAUACCUGAACAGCUUGGUGGUCAGAAAGAGCCUUCUAAGAAUGACCAUGAAAUAAUUAAUUGUUCUAACUGUGAAUCUGUGGGCACCAACGCAGAUACGCCAGUAUUAAGAAAUAUUACAAAUGAAGUUUUGCAGACAAAAGCAAAACAGCAGUUGACUGAAAAGCCAGCUUUCUUAUUAAAGAACCUUAAACCAAGUCCUGCAGUGAACCUUCGAACCGGGAAAGCAGAGUUCACUCAACAUCUUGAGAAAGAAAAUGAAAGGGACAUUGCAAUUUUUCCUGAAAGUCUGCAACCUUCUGAAACUCUAAAGCAGAUGAAUAGCAUGAAUUCAGUAGGCACCUUCUUAGAUGUAAAACGUCUCAGACAGUUACCAAAAUUAUUUUAACCUUUUAACUCUCUGCCCUUUUAAUACAGGAACAGGGUGUCUGCUGAAGAUGCUUAGGGAAGCCAGAGAGCCCUGUGGUAGUUUUGGGAUUUCCUGAUCAUUCUGGAGUCAGUCUGUUUCUUAGUAGCAGCCAACUGGGAAGAGUGACUUUUUCUGUGAGAUGGUUGACUGGUGAUAGGACUAAGUUCUCAUUGUUCAAAUAGAGUUGUUCAACAUCACUGAAACCUUUAAGAAAAACAAACCCUGAGAUCAGUUAUUCCUACAAAUUUAAGUAGACAGAUACUAUCCAGCUCUGAGUCUCAACUGCUGUUUUAUACUGUACUUUUUUUACUUUUUUUUUUUUUUGAGAUGGAGUUUUGCUCUUGCAGCCCAGGUUGGAGUGCAGUGCCAUGAUCUUGGCUCACUGCAACCUCUGCCUCCUAGGUUCAAGUGAUUUUCCUGCCUCAGCCUCCCAAGUAGCUGGGAUUAUAGGCAUGUGCCACAACGCCUGGCUAAUUUUGUAUUUUCAGUAGAGACAGAUUUUCUCCAUGUUGGUCAGGCUGGUCUCAAACUCCCGACCUCAGGUGAUCUACCCGCCUCGGCCUCCCAGAGUGCUGGGAUUACAGGCAUGAGCUACUGCGCCCAACUAUACUGUACAUUUUAAGAAGUUCUAGCAUGUUUCAUCUCUGCAUUUAUCCCAUAUCACUAAAAGAACAUAAGUUAUCAUGGUGUUGGAUAAAUUAGCGAAAUCAGCCCUUUCUGAGUUUAAGGGAAAAGUUAUUUUUGAAAAUAAUAAAAAUAACACACUCUUUUAUACAAGAGUGUAUUUCCUCUUAAUUAGGAUGCAUGUUUAGUAAACUCUGGAGAUACAACUUUUUGCAGUGUGGUGGGUUGGUUUUAGUGUAACAUCUUCAACAUGUCACGCUGGCUAUCAAAGAAUAAGAAAAUUAUUGAGUAUGAGUAUGUUUUAUAAACUUUCUGAGUUUUUCAAAUGUCUUAAUAUUUUUUAAUAGAACUUAAUAAAAAUGUCUAGAUUGACUAUU